CGGGGUCCUGGAAACCCAGUGAUGGUCCCAUGUGCUUAGGGCUGUUGCGGAGGCCUCGGAGGUUCUGUGUCCAAAGUCAAGGGCUGUCCCACCUUCUGCGCGCAGCUGUUCCUGAGUCAGACAGCCACGUGCAGGCACUGGGCUGGAUGUGGUAUGGGUGCCAGGCCAGCAGACACUCCAGUCGUUUGCUGCGAGAGCGCAGGAAGCGGGCGUGCAGGAGGCUGGACGCCGCGGCGCCCGAGCGGGACUGCCCCCAGGUGAGGGUGCGCAUCGCAGCGUCCGAGGGCAGCAAGGAGCCCGAGUCCCCGGAUGCCCAGCGCAGAGGCCGCCUGCCCUCACCACGGCCCAACAGCGACCAGGGCCAGCCAGGCAUGGGGGGUUCUCCGGAUGGCGGAAGGAGCCGGGCCCAGCCUUGCCCGAGGUGCAUCGCAGGAGAGUCUGGACAUUUUAACCACACGGAAGAUCGGUAGAAGAACGCGCUGGGAAAGGAAGGUCCUGGUCAUGCUUUCAAGCCCUCGUGCACCAGAGAUGUACUCCCCAGGUGGACCUGGCACCUCCUGUUCCGAGGUCCCACCUCCUCACUCCAGAGCCAAAGAGCCUCCAGACCUCACUCCUCCUGAAGCUGCCUUUCCAGUGCAGCCUGCUGGGGAAGAUCAACGGCUUUAUUUAAAAGUUGAAAGUAUCCAGCAUCAAGCUUCAUGUGAGGUUUAAGAGUCCGCAUCCAGAUGUAAAGCCCUGCUCCAUACUUUGCUAUUGUUUCGAGGGUGUAUCCAGAGCUGCUUAUGUGCUCUUUUUUAAUUAAAAGGCUUAUUUUUAUAUUUAAAAUGUUUUGUAAUCUUACACCGAAUUUUACUAAAUGUUAGCAUCGAGUCUGUUCUGUGUGAUUUCCCCAACUGAAGUUACCAGGCGCAAAACCACUUUUAUAUUAAAAUGGGAGUUUCUCAUCUUC